ACAUUCCAAACGGCUCCCAAAUAUCUGGACUUCGCCCCAGAGGGUUGCCUGGCAGCUUGUGUUGAAUGGUUGCUAGGAUCACAGCGUUGCUGACAUGAGUUGGGAUCACCCUGUCCACAGCUUCAGCUAUCCCAACGGCGAACCUCAGACACCGACGAGGACCCCUCCGACCACGGUCUUCGACGAUUCGGCCUUCCAAACCCCGAAGCUCGAAUCGAGCUUCUUCGACCCCAGAGUCACCUGGGACACCUCGGAUCCAUAUGCGUCGAGCCCAGAGUUCCUUCGAACCCCCCAGAAGUUCGGUCUGAGUACACCGUUGAAUAACCAUCUCCGACUGCCCAACACAGGCGUCGAGUCAGCCAAUGGACGGAACCUGAAGGAAUCGGAACAGGAGACGGACACAGCCAAGCGCAUCCGGGCGGCCAAACCCAAUGGGCAUAUUGAAGACGAAGGUCCCCGGACGGUGGAAUCCACCAAAUCGGCUGCCUCCAUGCAGACCCCGCCGCCGAGUAGUGCUUCUCGGAGAAAGGUGACCGGGCUGGAAACUGUCAGUGGGACGGGACGACGGCCAUCGGCCUCGAGUGCCAUCGGUGGCCACCUGGAAACUCCAAGUCGUUUGAUGGGAGCGUCCCCCAGAUUGUUUGGUGAUCUCCAAACGUCUCCGGACCCCUUCCAGCUGGCCGGGAUCGAUCCAUCCGCGUCUCCUUUUUUUCCUCAGCAGAGACUCUUCUGGGAUCAUGACCUGGAGCCACAGGGAGGGGACUUGGGCUUGUCCGGAAGUAAUAUGGACUUCUUUGAUUCCCAUACGACUGAUGCAUUUCACAUGAACCCAGCCUUCUCCCAGGCCCCUCACAUUCCGCAAUUGCCGUCGAUUGAGGGAACCCUAGAUCUACCGGAGUUCAACAGCAAUACAUACGGUCUCACCUCGGCGGCACCCACCGAUGCGGCCCUGUUUCCCGCGCCUUUCUCGACCUCCCCCCGUAUCCCCAUUCACAAGGCUGAAGACCCAGCCAUGUUUCUGAGCUCUCCGGCCCGUCGCUUCGGAGGGCCCCAGCCAUCCCCGGACAAGAGACUUUUCUCAAGGCCGGGACGGCAGCCCUACCACCACCAGACCGAAGAAUCAAAAAGGGAGCAGCUUCGACGCACGCAGAGUGUGCACCAGAAGCUGCCCACGUACGUCGACGACGAUGAGGACGAUUUCACUCCUCGACAGGCUCGACCGACGCUGACGCGGAGUCUCACCCAGAGUGCUCUAUCCGCACAGCGUCCCGGGUUCGGUGGAGUGAUGUCGUCCUCGUCUGGUAUCCGGAAGAGCCCUUCGAAGAGAUCCUCUCCCACCAAACCCCAACGGCAGCCACUACAGCGCUCCAAUUCAGUCGCUGCUGGUCUGCCCCGGCGCUCCCAGUCUGUGGUCCUUCGGAUUGGCAGGGACGGUAGAGCUAAGGCAGAGAUGCAACCCGUCACCGAAGCCCCCCCUACCGGGCUGUCGGACCCUCUCACCGGGAUGGACUUGGAUGGUUCCACGACCGAAAGCGAAUAUGACUCGACCGAAUUUUCGGAGUAUCCCACCGUUUCCAGCCGGAAUCCGUCGAUGACCUUCUCGGACACUGGCUCCCGACCACACUCCAAGGGCUCCUACACCUCUACCGCGGCUUCAUCCCAGUCCGGCCGGGGAUCGCCUUGGAACGGCUCCUCUCGGGGUCUAGCCAGAAGGCCAACUUAUCGACAAGGGCUGGAUGACUGGAAGCGUACGCCAAAGCGGCAAUCCAUGAUCCUGCCGUCCGACAUGGCCUACCGCAGCGCUAGUUCGAUCCCGGCACCCCUCGCUGAUUCCGAAGAAGAAUCCGGUGAUGCCCAGCAUGCACUCCGCAAGGUACUCCAGGAGAGAGGCCGCAUUCCUCGGUCCCACACGGUCAACUUCGGCUCCCGGGUCAACCGAUCCUCACGCUCCUUGGCCCAUCUCCGUUCCUCACCACCCCGGUUUGGCGCCGAAUUGGAUCUCAAUCUGCAGGCCCCGAACACGUCCCCCACGACCAUGACGGAUCCUGACCUGGCCACCCCAAGCACCGACCGAUACAGCAAUCCCAGCAAUGGAACCAGAUGUAUCUGUAACUCCAUGGACAACGGUGGCCACUUGAUGAUUCAAUGUGAAUCGUGCAGCCACUGGCUACAUACCAAGUGUGUCGGUCUGGAGCGAGCCAACCUGCCAUCGGUCUACGUUUGUGUCUUCUGCACCCAUACUCCUUCGCGGAGGAAUCGCAUCCGGGUCCCUGUCGGCAGCGUUGGCCAUGCGCCAACGUCGCCAUUGGCCCACAAAUCCUAUCGAUUCCGAUAGAAGAAAUUAUGACGAUGAACCCCACAUCCGCAGGCAAGCAGGCAAGCCAUUUGUGUGCCUGUCAUGGAUGGAUCAUGACACGAUUCGCGUCAGCUUUUCCCCUCGGCCCUCACGGAUGAGGUCCCGAGACUGACGGCCACACUCUUUCUCGUUUUCC